UGCGCGUGCGCUCUCUCCACCCCGGCUGGGCUUCCCUUUCCCCUCAGUACCAAAAGAGCGGUGGUCGCGAGAAAGCCGGCCGGGCCGCGGGAAACAGCCGGAGCCGCCACGAUGAGGAGUAGAGCGCCGCCGCUGCCUCUGCUCGUUCUGCUUCUGGGGGCCCCGGCGUCCCUCUGCGGCGCCUUCUACCUGCCAGGCUUGGCUCCUGUCAGCUUCUGCGAUGAGGGAGGCGAGAAAGCCGGAUGCAAGUCAAAAAUAGAGCUGUUUGUGAACAGACUGGACUCAGUCGAAUCAGUUCUGCCGUAUGAAUAUGAUGCUUUUGACUUUUGUCAAGAUGCAGCAGAAAAAAGGCCUUCAGAAAAUCUUGGACAAGUCUUGUUUGGAGAGCGAAUAGCAUCAUCACCCUACAAGUUUAUAUUUAAGAAAAACCAACAAUGCCAAGUGGCCUGUAUGAAGUCUUAUGACCCAGAGAAUACAAAUGACAAAAACAAGCUGGAAUUCUUGAAGAAAGGAAUGCGGUUGAAUUACCAGCAUCACUGGAUUAUCGAUAACAUGCCAGUGACUUGGUGUUACGAUUUUGGAGAAUUACAUAAAUUCUGUAAUCCAGGAUUUCCAGUUGGAUGCUUCGUGGGUUCAGAUGGCAGAGCUAAAGAUUCCUGCACUGUAAAUUCUGAGUUCAACAAGAAGAACACCUACUAUCUUUUCAACCACGUUGAUAUUACGAUCACGUACCACAGUGCGCAGAAUGAGAACUGGCUCGGAGCUCGCCUGGUUACAGCUCGCCUGGAACCCAAAAGUUAUAAACAAACGGAUAUAAACAAUUUGUCUUGUGAAGGCCCCCCCAUGGAAAUCUCUGCAGAGUUUAACAGCAAGCUGAAUCUGAUUUACAGUUACUCUGUGAAAUUUGAAGAGAACAACAAUAUUAAGUGGGCUUCGAGAUGGGACUACAUCUUGGAAUCCAUGCCCCAUACCAACAUCCAGUGGUUUAGCAUAAUGAAUUCCCUUGUAAUUGUGCUCUUCUUGUCUGGAAUGGUUGCCAUGAUCCUUCUGAGGACUUUGCAUAAAGAUAUUGCAAGAUACAACCAGAUUGACUCCUCAGAGGACGCCCAGGAGGAGUUUGGGUGGAAGCUGGUCCAUGGAGAUGUGUUUAGGCCUCCCAGGAAGGGCAUGCUGCUCUCUGUCUUCCUGGGGCAAGGGACGCAGAUUUUCAUAAUGACAUUUAUUACCUUAUUCCUUGCCUGCCUUGGAUUCCUUUCGCCAGCCAACAGGGGGGCCUUGAUGACCUGUGCCGUUGUGUUGUGGGUCUUGCUGGGGACCCCAGCAGGCUAUGUAUCUGCUCGGAUGUACAAAACAUUUAGAGGUGAAAAAUGGAAGACAAAUGUGUUGCUGACAGCUCUGUUGUGUCCAGGAAUUGUCUUUGCUGACUUCUUCAUAAUGAACCUUAUUCUUUGGGUGAAAGGAUCCUCAGCUGCUAUUCCCUUUGGCACGCUGGUUGCUAUCUUGGCCAUGUGGUUUGGAAUAUCUGUCCCAUUAACCUUUGUCGGUGCAUAUUUUGGAUUCAAGGAGAAGCCCAUUGAGCACCCGGUGCGUACAAACCAGAUUCCUCGUCAAAUCCCGGAGCAGUCCUUUUUCACCAAGCCUCUUCCGGGCAUCAUCAUGGGAGGCAUCCUCCCCUUUGGGUGUAUCUUUAUCCAGCUCUUCUUCAUUUUAAACAGCAUUUGGUCUCACCAAAUGUACUACAUGUUCGGCUUCUUGUUCUUAGUCUUUAUCAUCCUCCUGAUUACAUGCUCAGAAGCAACGGUCUUGCUGUGCUAUUUUCAUCUAUGUGCCGAGGAUUAUCAUUGGUGGUGGAGGUCAUUCUUAACUAGCAGCUUCACCGCCGUCUAUCUCUUCAUCUAUGCAGUCCAUUAUUUCUUCUCAAAACUUCAGAUCACAGGAACUGCCAGCACCAUUUUAUACUUCGGAUAUACAAUGAUCAUGGUCUUGAUUUUCUUCCUUUUUACUGGAACAAUUGGAUUUUUUGCGUGCUUCUGGUUCGUUAGUAAGAUUUACAGCGUUGUGAAAGUAGACUGAAGAUCUUCCACAUUUCUCUUGAACAUAUCCAGCAAGUCAAUGGAUAUAUAUUUUUUAACCAUGUACUGGGAUAAAAAUGACACCUUAAAAAUAGACAUGCAGAGUUGGUAUAUUGGCACCAAAAAGCAGAAUGGGACCCAAGGAAUACUGGACAAUCCUAGAGAAUUUGACUUUUAUCAUUUUUUAUAAAUGGCACAUCCCAAGUUGUUUAUUAUUAUUAUUAUUAUUAUUAUUAUUAUUAUUAUUAUUAUUAUUAUUUGCAGCUGAAAGAACGAAUCCAGUUUAACAACGUGUGUGUCGCACUUUGCUUCUCCCAAGCUGGGGUUUCUGGUGACUUUGCUACUUCUCUUUUUACACAGUUAUUUGAUUCUUUUGUUCACAGUAUAGGACCGUCAGGUGGAAUCCUAUGUAAAAAAUGUGACUUUUUAAAACUUAACUUUUAAGUACAACUGUACAUAAUAGUCUGCAUCUCCUUUGCAGGUUAGCUGGUCACCUUAUACAAAUGUACAAGCAUUUAGUGUCAAGUGCAAAUCUCUUGGCAGGAGUAGAAACACCACACUGUCUUCGUUUUGAAUAAAGCUGCACAGUUCCAACAGACUGGUGUGUGGCUGCUUCAUCAGUUCCCUUGAGUUAUUUAGUUUGCUGAAGUCUCAAAACCGUUUGUUUAUACAUAGCAACAUUGGAAACUUCAGCUAGUGCAAAAUUUGGCGUCCAGGUUGCUCACCAGGACAAGGCGGGUUGAGCAUAUAAUGUCAAUCCUGGCCCAACUGCAUUGGUUACCAGUUAGUUUCCAGGUCCAACUCAAAGUGCUGGUGCUCACCUAUAAACCCUUAAAUGGCCCAGGACCCCAAUAUCUCAAGGACCGCCUCUUCACAUGUAAAUUGACCCAGACCCCAAGAUUAUCAUCUGAGGCCCUUCUUUGUGUUUUUCCUCCAUGAGAGGUCAAGAGGGUGGCAGCAUGAGAACGGGCCUUCUGUGUUGGCCUCCCUGUUGUGGAAUACUCUCCGCAGGGAGGCUCACCGGAUGCCUUUCUAACAUUUUUAGGUGCCAGACAAGCAUUCUUCUUCAACCAGGCCUUUGGCUGUUAAUCAGCCUAUGGCCUUUUAAGUGGGUGGUGGUGUCCUUUUUAUUAUGUGUUCCAUGUUGUAAACCACCCUGUGGUCUCUUGAUGAAGGGUGGUAUAUAAAUUUAAUAAACAAAUAAUAAAUAACAACAUCUGAUGGGCCAUAGGUUCUCCACCCCUGGUUUCACACUUACCGUGUUUCUCCGAAAAUAAGCCAUACCCCGAAAAUAAGCCAUAGUGACAAGCCUGUACCAUACUUACAAAACUGUACCAUACUUAAUAAAAAAAUAAGACAUCCCCUUAAAAUAAGCCACCGUGGGUUUUUUUGAGGAAAAAUAUAAGAGAAACACUGUACCUAGAGAUACCAGCAAUCAAACCCCAGAACCUUUUACAUGCCAAGGUCUACAACCCUCUUCUCUGUUCCCCUCCUUUUGUUUUGACUUGUUAAAUAGGCUAGGAAGGUCCGCCCUUCUGCAAUGAUGGAGCCAGGGAUUUAUAGUUGACAUAAGCAUCUGUAGUAGUCGAUGUGAUUUAUUGUCUGUUUUCAACCGGAGGAAAAACACUUGGACGUCUGACUCGCUGCAUUGAAAACACAGAUUUAUUGCAACAGCAAAGCAGAGGGCGCCCCUGGGUUGUUCCAUAAAGAGCCAGAUUAAUCAGUAGUACACGUUGGCCAUAUUUUUGUGUUUUGCUUUACUUCCCCCUCCUGUGCUGUUCGUUGACAGGCAUCUUAAUAUAUUGAAAGGCCAUGGAGCCGUUGUCAAAAUGCCUUAGACUAUAUGGACCGGAGAUCGUAUAUAUUCCUCUCUCUCUCUCUCUCUCUCUCUCUCUUUUAACAUCUCCAGGGAAUUCUCCUUUUCAGGCACAGAAUAAUGGGCAAAUAACCAUGUACGGAAUCAAGGCUCCCAUUGAAAUUGCAACUUCUU